UCUCUCUCUCUCUCCUCCCUCCAUCCCUCUCUCUCUGCUUCAUUAGAGAUCAUGUCAGGAUGGGAGGAUGAUGAAGAUGAUGGCUCUCCGGGUUUCUCUCCGUGAGCUGCGGGCUCAUCUUCUUCUUCAUCACUGAAGACUGAUAGAGAGGAUGAAGAGCGAGUGACUGAAUGAGCGCGCUGUCUGAAUCUUACAGAAAUCCAGAUGGAGCAGGAUGUCGAGAGCACCGUCACGGUCCGACAGCCCAAGCUGCCCAAGAAGACAUGGGACGACGUCCCCAAACCUCUGAAGAACAGGGAGCGUGUCAAGCAGAAGAUCCAGCGCUACGUCCGCAAAGACGGCAAGUGUAACGUGCAUCACGGAAACGUGCGGGAGACCUACCGCUACCUGACAGACAUCUUCACCACGCUGGUGGACCUCAAGUGGGGGUUCAAUCUGUUCAUCUUCGUGCUGGUUUACACCGUGACAUGGCUGUUCUUCGGCUUCAUGUGGUGGCUGAUCGCUUACAUACGAGGAGAUCUGGAGCACAUAGGAGACAAUCAGUGGACUCCUUGUGUCAACAACCUCAACGGCUUUGUGACGGCAUUCUUGUUCUCGAUAGAGACGGAGACGACCAUCGGCUACGGCCACAGGGUGAUCACUGACAAGUGUCCCGAGGGCAUCGUGCUGCUGCUGGUGCAGUCGGUGCUGGGAUCCAUCGUCAACGCCUUCAUGGUGGGCUGCAUGUUCGUGAAGAUCUCGGAGCCCAAGAAGCGUGCAGAGACUCUGGUGUUCUCCACCAACGCAGUCAUCUCCAUGCGCGACGGACGGCUUUGUCUGAUGUUUCGUGUCGGAGACCUGCGGAAUUCACACAUCGUGGAGGCGUCUAUUAGAGCCAAACUGAUCAAGUCCAAACAGACCAAGGAGGGAGAGUUCAUCCCUCUCAAUCAGACGGACAUGAACGUGGGCUACGACACCGGAGACGACCGGCUCUUCCUGGUGUCUCCGCUCAUCAUCUGCCACGAGAUCAAUGAGCACAGCCCCUUCUGGGAGAUCUCCAAAGAGCACCUGGCCCAUGAGGAGCUGGAGAUCGUGGUGAUCCUGGAGGGCAUGGUGGAGGCCACAGGCAUGACGUGUCAGGCGCGCAGCUCGUAUGUGGCCAGCGAGAUCAAGUGGGGCUACCGCUUCACCCCCGUCCUGAUGCUGGAGGACGGUUUCUACGAGGUCGACUACAACAGCUUCCACGACAUCUACGAGACCAACACUCCCAGCUGCAGCGCGCGAGAGCUGGCGGAGAUGACGGCGCGCUCUCGUCUUCCUCUGACCUGGUCAGUGUCCAGCAGACUGAGCGCACAGGGCCUGAGGAGCAGCGAGGACGAGGAGCUGCUGGAGAGGAACGGAGACCUCGCCAACAUGGAGAGCGAGUCCAAAGUGUAGGAGCACACACACAUCUCUCCUCGCCUCUGCGCCGCCGGACGCUCAGCUGAGGUCAGAGGUCAGAGGUCAGAGGUCAGCUCAGGAAAGCGCCCCGAGGCGGGACACGGACCCCAUCUCACGCGCUUUUUCUCUUUUUCUCGCCCGGAAGGAUGUGCGCGGGCGACUGCAUGGUUCCCGAAACCAGUUUUUUUCUUAAAGAUAAGAAAUGAUAUUUUCAGAUUUUUAAUUCAAAGAUUAAUUCCUAUAAGUGUAUAUGAUAUAGAUCUAUUCUAGGGCAUUUGCAUUUGUAUUUUUUGUAUAUAUCUGCUGGGUUUGAGAUGUGAGGUUGUUUGAUACGACACAGAGUCGUGUAUUUUGCCUUCUGGGAUAGCGAGAGUCAUAUUUAUCCACGCAUGUACAGACGGUCCUGUAGUGGACUGACUGAGAGUUUGAGGACUGUAGGCCAUACUAGAGCUGCUGCAUGGGACUGUGUGUGUGUGUGUGUGUGUGCGCUCCAAUAACCUUCCUCAGCCAUGACCAUUCUCUCCCUUUGCUCUUCCUUUAACUCAUAAUCAUGAUUGGAUGAAGAAGCAGAAGUGCAGACGUCUGCGUGUGUCUGUGUGUUUCUGUUCGUUCAGUCGAACCGCAGCAGCAGACGUGACACACAUCAGCCUUCAGUCGCACACGAGACCAAAGACCGAGCCUCAUGUCACUAACGAACACCUCACGAUUAACGAUUACAGACACGUUAGAUUUAACGGCAGUGAGAGCGAGGCUGUGAGCUCGUCGACAAUCAGUUAUCAGUCACGUUCAUGAUCCUUCAGAAUCACUGACCUGGUUGUGUAGUGUGAACAGAAUCAAUCAAAGGAUCUUUAUUUAUACAGCGCUUUUAACAAUACAGAUCGUGUUUAAGCAGCUUUACAGUAUUAACUAGGAAAUAAUGCAGAAGGACGAUAGCAAACACCUCAUCAUCAUUAAGUUCAAUUAAGUCGAAGAAAUCACUGUAAAUAAAGUGUCCCUAACUAAUCAGCAAAGUCAGAUUGUGUGGAGGACUUUAACUCUUUACCUGCCAAACAUGAAUCACUUUCACAAAACUUUCAUGGCCCCCAGAAUAUUUUGAAUAAAUAUCUGAACAUGCAAUAUUUAGUCUUUUAGCAGAGAAUGUCAACAUAAAAGAACAACGCCUCUGCUUUUAAACUUUUUUUAUCAACACUUUAAAGUGAGCAAGUUUCAUUAAACUAAAAUAAAAAACUAUACUGAACAAAAAGCUGAGAAAAUUUGUAUUUUUGUCAAAGACUAUGUCUGGAUCAGAUUUAUAUCACUGAUCAAAACACAGAUGAAGUCAUUAACACACCAGACUGAAGCACUUCUCUGAUUGGGUCACUGUAGGCAGAUAUAAUGAUUCACCUUUAAUGAUCAGAAGAUGUGUGAGAGCGCCUCCUGCUGUAUAACAGUGAAAACACAGGGAACUACAGCUUCUCUCAAAGUUAUGAACAUGUUCUGUUAGGAAUAUUAACAGUUCAUUUGUUCAAAGUUAUCUGGUGUUUCAUGACAUCCUCAAAACUGUGGCACUGGAAUUUGAUUCAUUCAUUAUUCAUGGGAAGUUUCUCCUAUAAUGGUUUAGUUGAAUGUUCAUCGAACUUGUUUUUAGUUUUUUAUGUUUUUGUUUCAGAAUGUUCAGAGAACUUUUAAAAGUAACAAUUCAGUAAUGUUUGCAAAGUGAUAAAAUGAAACAUUUUGAACAUUUAAAAAGCAUUAAGAAGUAACACUAUCAUAACUCUCUGGUAAUCUCAGCCUAAUGUUUUUAGACCAUAUUUUUGUUAGUUGUCAUUAAACACGUGUCCUGCUGAACAGAAGAACACACUCGUGAUGUGCAGGGAUGGAUCUCUGUUUGGACUCAUGUGAUCAGACUCUCAACAAAUUGAAUUAGAAAUACAAAAUGAGUGUUUUUAUUGAAUAAAUGAUGAGGUGAUAUGUUUAUGAUGUGUUUAGAGCAGUGAGCUGGAGUUCUGCAGCCUCGUUUUCAUUCCAUCGAAUCAGAAUCAUUACAGCCAGCACUCGCCUGCUCCAUCACAUGACAUCACAUCACAACACAUGACAUCACAUGACAUCACAUCACGUGACAUCACAUCCCAUGACAUGACAUCACAUCACGACAUCACAUGACAUCAAAUCACGACAUCACAUGACAUCACAUAACGUGACAUGACAUCACAACAUCACAUGACAUCACAUGACAUCACAUCACAUGACAUCAUGACAUGACAUCACAUGAAAUCACAUGACAUCAUGACAUCACAUCACAUGACAUCACAUGACAUCACAUCACAGUCUGUGGAAGCUCUGUCCCACUGCAACUUUUCAGCAUACUAUUCAGAAUUGGUUAAAUGUGAGGUUGUUUUUGUUUUUGUUGUUAAAAUUCAGAUAGUUUUCUCACAUUUGUGUUUUUGUGUGUAUAUGUUUUCUUUUCUUUUUUUUCUUUUUUUUGUAAAAUUCAGAUUUUUUCCCCCCCAUGUUGUUAUUUUCUAUCUCAAAUCUUGGACUUGUUGUCUAAGAAUUGUUAGUUUACACCUCACAAUUCUGACCAUUUCUUUGAUAAUUCGGGUCUUUUCUCUCAGAUGAGCGGGUUGAGUCACUCUUGUUUUAUUCUGUGGUGGACUGGAGCUUCCACAGCGGUUUCAUCUGUACCUCGUCGGUCUGGAGGAGCUUCAGACAGAACCAGACGAGCUCUUUCAGAGAACGUGUCCUCCUGUAAUCCUCAGUAAAGCCUGGAACAUUCAUUUGAUGAAGUGCCCUUUAAAGUGCCCUGCUGAUACGAAGCCAUUCAGACACGUCUCGCGUCACACCAGAUCCAGGACGGACGGCAUUCCUUCAUUUCUGUUGAGAAAUAUGAAAUCAGGAAUAUGAACAUGAACAUUUAAAUGUCUUCGGAUCCUUCUCUAAAGCUUAUUUCACAAGCCAUAAUAUGGUACAUUAUACAGUGUUUAUUCAGAUUUAGUGCACAUACAAUAGCGAUUCAUUCUGAUUUUCUUGUUGAUUUAGAUAAUUACUCUGUGUCACAAGAAGCUCAUCAAUAAACCAUAUCUAAACAUU